AUGGCAAUGGCAUCUAUAGAGGAGACAAACAAUGUUGCUAUCAUCUUUGGGGUCACUGGACUUGUUGGGAUUGAGCUAGCUAGGAGGUUGCUUUUAGAACCUUCUUGGAAGGUUUAUGGUAUAGCUAGAAAUCCUGAGAUACCAACUACCCUUAUAAGUCCUUGUUACCAUUUCAUUUCUUGUAAUUUGCUUAACCCUUUGGAGACCCAAAAGAAGCUAUGUGGCUUACAAGAUGUGACUCAUGUGUUUUGGAUCACAUGGGCAAGCCACUUCCCAUCAGAGACGAAAGAAAGUUGUGAGCAAAACAAGGCCAUGAUGUCCAAUGCUUUGAAUUCUAUACUCAAAAUUGCGAAGAAUCUAAAGCAUGUUUCCCUUCAGACAGGAACCAAGCACUAUGUAUCACUUCAAGCACCCUUUGAUGAAGAGAAGCUCCACUAUUACCAUGAAGAGUUUCCUAGAAUGAGUAGAUCCCUUAAUUUCUACUAUGCUUUGGAGGAUUUGCUCAUGGAGAAACUUAAUGGUAAGGUGUCCUGGUCUGUGCAUAGGCCUGGUUUAUUGUUGGGUAGUUCUAUUAGAUCAGUUUAUAACUUCAUGGGUAGCUUAUGUGUGUAUGGGGCUAUUUGUAAACAUUUGAAGCUCCCUUUUGUCUAUGGAGGAACUAGGAAGUGUUGGGAAGAGGCCUAUAUUGAUGGAUCAGAUGCUAGGCUUGUAGCUGAUCAACACAUUUGGGCAGCCACAAAAAGUGAUAUAAUUUGCAACAAUGGCCAAGCUUUUAAUUCAAUCAAUGGCCCAAGUUUCACUUGGAAAGAGGUUUGGCCAAUUGUUGGGAAGAAAUUGGGAGUGCAUGUCCCACAAGACAUGUUUGUGGAGAACUUUUGGUUUUCAAAAGCCAUGCCUGAGAAGCAUCAUGUUUGGGAAGAGAUUGUGAAGGAAAAUGGGUUGGUCCAAACAAGUGUGGAAAAUUUGGCCAAUUGGGAAUUUCUAGAUGCAUUAUUUCGUUUCCCUUUCAAACUCUUGGGGAGUAGAGAAAAAGUUGAUGGGCUUGGUUUUGCUACAAGGUAUAAGACAUUGAAUUCAAUAUUGUACUGGAUUGAUUGCAUGAGAGACGAGAAGCUAAUUCCCUAA